GUGCUGAGGCGCAAGAACGAGACCGUGGACGCGCUCCACUGGUGCUUGGGUGCGCGGACUUCGGCGUGCUCAGGCGCCUCUGAAUUCGAGAUGGAGGCCGUGGCGGCCCUUGUCGCCCCUGUCGUUGUGAAGCCAGCGACAGCGCCUUCCCAGGAAGAAGCCGCUGGUGUGCUUCUCCGUGGUCACCUCAGCUACGACGCCGAGGAGACCCAUACCACCGUCGUGCCCUACGAGUUUGGUUCCGUCUCGCUCCCCGAGCACGUCCACGAUGCAGCCGACGUGACGGCGGUGCUGGAUGCUGAGGACCGCCUGAUUAUCGAGGGUUGGCAACAGAGCAUGAUGCGGUCUCCUGAUGAGUUGCGACAGCUCAACGAGAGGCUGGGUGAUAUCAAACCGUUCUGGGACAAGAAGCUGUCGCGGAACCAGAAGGCCUACCGCCAGUUCAUCCUUGACCUCGACCGGCGGGGCAUGAUCAAGUGGACCACUGAUCCCAUCGAGCACGCUGGCCUUCUCUUCGUCGGCAAGAAGGAUAAGUCCCUGAGGCUCAUCAUCGACGCGAGCUUCGCGCUGGGGGUGGGGGACGUGGAGAACUGCCUCCACCGGCUGCGGCUGCCCGACGGCAUGCAUCGGUGCUUCGCUCUGCGGCCUAUCCCCGCCAAGUGCACCGAGCUGCGGGACACCGUAGGGCGGGGCGCCCUCAUAUACCCGUGCUUGGCUUCGUUCCCCAUGGGUUUCACAUGGUCCUUGUGGGUCGCCCAGCGCUGCAGCGAGGCGGUGCUGGGCAGGGUCUCGCAGCUCGGGCCCAGCAGGAGGAUCGCGGACCACGCCGAGCCGAUCGUUCCGCGGAAGGGCGGCGAGGUGCAGUACGCCCUGUACGUCGACAACCUGGGCGUGUUCGGAGGGGCCGAGCCUCCGGCGCAGCUGGCGCUCGGCGCUGGCUGCGCGGCCUUGGGGGCGGUCGGGCUCAAGACGCACGAGCACGAACUGAUGGCAGGAGGAGGCGAGACGCUGGGGUGCCUGCUGGAUGGCCCGCAGCUCGAGACGCGGGUGACCGAGAAGCGGAGGUGGCGCAUUGAUGGUGCCUUCCGCUGGGCCCUUCGGCGCCGCCGCCUCAGUGGCAAGCAGCUGGAGAGGCUCGUCGGCCACGCCGCAUUCGUGGGCCUGCUGGACCGCACGGCACUCAGCGUUUUCAACGCCUGCUACGCCUUCAUACAUCGGCAUGGCGACAGCAUGGCCGUCAUGCGGCCGACCGUGAGGCAGGAGCUCCAGGCGUUCAUCGGGCUACUGCCGCUG